GUUCAACCAAUAAAUAGAAAACUCAUAGUGAACUUCAGCCUAGAGAACACACUUUCUGAUGACGUUUUACGUUCACAGAUGUAGAAGACGAUCAAACUAUUUUGCUAAUAAAUUUGCUAGGAACAAGAACAAUGGCAUUAAAUUUACGAUGUCAGACUAAAUCAGGCCAGCAUUAUUUGACUGGCUUGACAUUGUCAUCAAGUGUUGGAAAACUUAAAGAGAUGAUUUGUGAGGCAACAAAAAUUCCAAAAGAUUGUAUCAAAGUCAGGCAAGGAUAUCCACCAAAAGUGAUAGAUCUGAGUGUAGAGAGCAAUGAAUUAUCUUCACUGCCUUUCAGAUCUGGUGAUACUCUAAUUGUAGAAGAAGAUUCAUCAAUGAGAAAGCGUCGCAUAGAGCAAGUAGACAAAGAUAUUCAGGACCAAAUAACAAACUCUGGUGGGAUGUUAAUGAGAAAAGUAGUACCCGCAGAUAACUCUUGCUUAUUUACUAGUGUUGAUUGUGUUAUGAACAAUGGCACUGUUGAUUUAAAUGCAGCUCCGCAAAUGAGAGAACUAAUUGCUGGCAUUGUAAUGAGUGACCCGGACACAUAUAAUGAAGCUUUCCUUGGAAAAGGCAAUGCUAAUUAUUGUAAGUGGAUAAUGAACAAAGAAUCUUGGGGAGGAGCAAUUGAAAUUUCAAUUUUGUCCAAGUAUUACGAUGUUGAAAUUGAUGUGGUUGACACUCAGUCCGGAAGGAUAGAUAGAUUUGGUGAAGAUAUGAAUUAUAAGCAGCGUGUUCUUGUAAUUUAUGACGGUAUUCACUACGACCCGCUUAUAAUGGAGCCAUUAAUUCCUGGCGAGGAGAUCAAAACCAUGUUUUCCACUAAAGAUGCAAGUGUACUUAGUCAAGCUAUGGAAAUUGCAAAUGAAGCUAAAGCGUCACGCCAGUAUACAGACGUAGCUAAAUUUACACUGAGGUGUCUUGUCUGCCAAAAGUCUCUUGUUGGACAGAAAGAAGCCCAAGAACAUGCUAAGUCAUCAGGACAUAUAAAUUUUGGCGAAUACUGACCAAGUUUUAUUUAGUAAUAGUAUUAUAUAAGUUGUCUCUUUUUUUCAACAUAAGUCAUUAAUUUAAAUUCUGUAGGUAUUUAUCGUUCAACAUAAGUCAUUAAUUUAAAUUCUGUUAGGUAUUUAUCAUAUUAUAUAUAUAAUUUUUCAGUGGCAUUAAUCCCAGUCAGUCAGUCUUCCUCUUGAAGUUAAACAUUAUAGAAAGCAGAUUUACUACAAUUUGUUUAAUGUUUGUCAUUUUUCUGUCAUUAUCUACUUAAGAUCUCUUAUCCCGAUAAGCAUUUUUGUAAGAUUUGUUUCCUUUCCUAUCAGUUUGUCAUUAUCUUUAUGUAUAGCCGUAAACAAAUCUAUAGGCAUGGCAACUGGAGACCUAAACAAAUUUAUAGGCACGAAAAUGCAGACUUUUAACAAAUUUAUAGGCAUGACAAGUGCAAACAAAAGUCACGACAAGUGCAGACAUAAACAAAUCUAUGUGCACAAGUGUAGAUAUAAACAAAUUUAUAGGCAUAAUAAGUGUAGACA